UUCCGGGUUCUGGCGGCAGAAUGUGGCCGCUGCUGCUCGUCCUCCUCUCCGUGUGUGGAGCUGUCACCUCUGCAGACCCCAUUCAUGUCUUUGUCAUCCCCCACAGCCACAUGGACGUCGGCUGGGUGUAUACAGUGCAGGAGAGCAUGCAUGCCUACGCUGCCAACGUUUACACGACAGUAGUGGAAGAGCUGAUAAAGGCCAAGCAUCGCAGGUUUAUUGUGGUUGAGCAGGAAUUUUUUCGCUUGUGGUGGGAUACGGUGGCCGGAGAAUUUCAGAAGCAACAGGUGCAUCAGCUGGUACGGGAGGGACAAUUGGAGUUCAUUAUUGGGGGGCAAGUGAUGCAUGAUGAAGCCGUGACCACAGUGGAUGAUCAGAUCAUACAGCUAACAGAGGGCCAUGGAUUUUUGUAUGAAACAUUUGGAGUAAGGCCCCAGUUUUCUUGGCACGUGGAUCCCUUUGGAGCUUCUGCCACCUCACCUACCAUUUUCUCCAUGUCUGGAUUCAAUGCCCACCUUAUUUCCCGCAUUGAUUAUGACAGUAAGGCUGCCAUGCAGGAUUCCAAGAAGCUGCAGUUUGUUUGGCGAGGCUCUCGCUCCUUAUCUGAGAAGCAGGAGAUCUUUACGCAUGUCAUGGACCAGUUCAGUUACUGCACCCCUUCUUACCUGCCGUUUACUAACAGAUCCGGAUUUUAUUGGAAUGGAGUAGCUCUGUUUCCUGAUCCACCAAAGGACGGUAUUUAUCCUAACAUGAGUCUCCCAGUUACAAGUGACAGCAUUCACCAGUAUGCAGAAACCAUGGUGAAGAACAUAAAGAUGCGAGCCGCCUGGUUUAGAAGCAAUGAUGUUUUGUGGCCCUGGGGGUGCGACAAGCAGUUCUUCAAUUCUUCUGUCCAGUUUAAUAACAUGGAUUUAUUACUGGAAUAUAUCAACAGUAAAGCAGAGUUUGGAGUGACUGUACAGUAUGCAACGGUUGGAGAAUAUUUUACUAAUUUAUACAACAGGAAUAUAACCUGGGAGAUUCGAGGUAGUCAGGAUUUCCUCCCUUACUCUUCAGAUGUAUUUCAAGCCUGGACAGGAUUCUUUGCAUCCCGAAAUGUCCUUAAAGGGGUAGCGCGCAGAGCCAGCUCACUGCUGUAUGCGGGGGAGUCUGCAUUCACUCGGUAUCUGAUGAAGUAUCCAUCUGGUGCAGUCUGCAAGAUGUGGGCACUGGAACAACUGCGGGCUCUCAGAUGGGCUGUCUCAGAGGUCCAACAUCAUGAUGGCAUCACAGGCACAGAGUCUCCAAAGGUCAGAGAUAUGUACAUAGCGCACUUACAUGAAGGAAUGACUGGUGUACGAAAACUGAUGGAAGCCAUCGUUAUGGACCAGUUCAGCUAUGAGAAGACUGAAUAUUCUGAAGGCCUCAUACAUAUUACUGUCUAUAACCCAUUGGCAUGGAACAUGACCACAUUUAUUAGCGUGGCGCUGAAUACCUCCGUCACAGCUGUGUACGAUGAGCUCGGUCAGCUUGUGCCAGCACAGAUCCACAACUCCAGUGAUCCCAGUCAUGCUUUUGAUCUGUAUGUGCUUGUUGUGCUGCCGGGUCUGGGCUAUAGGAGGUAUUUUAUAAAGUCAGAGAAUGCAGAGCCGCGUAAGGAGACAGUUCACAUGGGGAGACAGUCAUCACCUAGCAGAAAAAACAGCAAAAGCAGGAUGAUGCCUUUGUCCAACGACUGCUACACUCUAUGGAUAGACCUGAGCACUAACAUGCUUGUCAGCAUAACAGAUAGGGAGAGGAAUUACACAGUCCAGACUGCCCAGGAAUUUUUGGAAUACAAUGCAAAUGGGGAUACUGGUGCUGGGCCAAUAUCCGACAACUACAUGUUUUUUACAAAUGGAUAUGCUGCUUCAGUAGCCAAGUCUGUAGGGCUGGAGAUUGUGACUGGGACACUAGUGACUGAAAUCCGACAGUACUUUUACAGGGAUAUCAGCCAGCAGAGUUACAUGUAUGCCAUAUUCUCCAGACUUUACCAUGUCCCCGAUGGCUACGACAAGAUGCUGGCUUGUCGAGCCAUCGAGCAGCAGUACCGAGUUGGCCCUCUGGAGCUCAAUCGUGAAGCCAUCAUCAGAAUACAAACCAAUCUUCAGAACAGUAAGAGGAUUUACACAGAUGACAAUGCGUACCAGAUGCAAGCAAGAGAAUUCAAGAUCUACAAUAGCAACACAGUGGCAAGGAACUUUUACCCAAUGGUCCGUACAGCAUAUAUUGAAGAUGAGAAGACGAGACUUGUCCUGCUAUCUGAAAGAUCACAUGGAGUCUCCAGUCAAGAUAAUGGCCAAGUGGAGAUUAUGUUGCAUAGAAGAUUGUGGAACAACAUGGAAUGGGACCUGAACUACAAUCUUACACUGGAUGAUACCUCAGUAGUCAGGCCCACCAUCUGGCUCAUGGUAGGAUCCAAAGAAGUUACGGACUCUUUGCACCAGAGAUUGGGGCUAUGUUUGGAGCAUAAACCAUUGGUGAUGAUAAGUCCACAUACAGGGUGUGGAAAAGCUGAGAAUCGAAUGGUGGAUGAUGUUCCAGUCACUUUGCCACCCAAUAUUAAACUUCAGAUCCUAAGUAUUCCCGGAUGGAAAUAUUCUUCAGACCACACAGAGCAUAUACAUAAUGUGCAUAAAGGUAAAACACGAGAUGAUGCAGAUUUUAGCCGGAUACUGUUAAGAUUGCAGCACCUGUAUGAAGCCGAUGAAGAUCCCAUACUCUCCAGGCCAGCUUCUAUAAAUAUCAAGCUUCUUCUUAAAGGACUGGGGUCUGUGAGAUUGGUGGAAGAACGCUCUCUUACUGGAACCUGGGACCUGACCACCAUGGAGAGAUGGAAGUGGAAGUCCACGCCGAGGAAAGACACUGAUGAGAGAAUACCUAUGAAAAGCAUGGAGGACUUUACAGUUGUUGUUUCGCCGAAGGAAAUAAGAACUUUUUUUGUAUAUUUUCAAUAAGCACUAGCUCCUGUAGUAAGCAGAACAUAGUUAUUAUAUGAUUGCUUUUGUACCAACCUGUUCUGCAGCCCAGAUGAUGUAAAUGGGUAUCUGGUGGUCUUCACUGGUAGCAUUGACCAUUGAUGACCUGGUGGCAAUGAAGCUUUUCUGUGGCCUUGAUUAUUUAUUAUUUCUCCUACUUUUAAGGGCUCAUGCACACGACGGUUGGCUGUUUUGCAGUCCUCAAAUUGCAGAUCCGCAAAACACGGAUACCGGCCCAUAAUAGAACGUCUGGCCCAUAAUAGAACUGUCCUAUGCUUGUCCGUAAUAUGGCGAAUAAUAAGACGUUCCAUUUUUUUUUUUUUUGUGGAACGGCCAUCCAGACAUACGUAAACGGAAUGCACACAGAGUAAAUUCCGUUUUUUUUUAUGCGGAGCCAUUGAAGUGAAUGGAUCAACAUAUGGGCCGCAAAUCAAACAGCACGG